AUGACCUUUGACCUUCAACUGAGGAGUGCGAGGCUUGGAUUGGAUGGGACGUGGCUCGACGAUAGGAAAUCGUUUGGAGGUAUCGAUUGGAAGUUCGAGAUCACUUGCCUGUGGCUUGGGUAA